AUGGCUAUGGGUAUUGGAAAAAGCCCUGAAGGAAUGGAGCCUCUCACUGGGAGUCUUCUUGUAGAACUGAGUAUCUUGGCACCUGUUGGUCAAGAUGCAGUGGCAGAAGAUCUCAAAGCCUUCGCUGAACAACUCAAACCUCUUACACUUGGUGCUUGCAACGUCUUGAAGGCAGAGAACUCGCUUCCUGAAAGUCUGUUUUCUCAAAUCUGA